AUGUCGUCGUACGGGCCUCCCGAUCCUUCUCGACGGCGGAUAUACGUCUUCUAUUCUUUGCUUGCCUUUGUUUUCUUCCAGGCUGGCCUCUACGCCGCUCGCUCUUCAUUACCGGACAACUUCCCCGCCAAUACCUCCGCUUCCAAUGUUGCACUAUCAACAAGUAACAACUCGGCCGUAUUGGGCUCGCUGGAGGAGCAUCCAAUAGUCCUGUUGAUGGACGAUGCGGAGAAACAAUUCCGCAAUAAACUCUCGAGGCAGAGUCGCUCGUUGAAAGCUGCGGUGUCGGAGUACAAGAGGCGGUAUGGGCGUGCGCCGCCCAAGGGGUUUGACGCAUGGUGGAAGUUCGUACACGAGAACGGAGUGAAGAUGGUGGACGAGUUUGACGGGCUCAUGGAGGAUUUGGCACCAUUUAUGGACAUGAGUGGGAAGGACUUCAGGGCCAGGGCUGCUCAGGCUGCUGCUGAGCUCCCCGGAGUGGACGUUGUACGCAUACGAAGCGGCAUGGCGGACGCCGUCAAGCUCGGCUCCAACGGCGAAGGCGAAGACGCCGGCAUGCGCGCUAAGGGCUUCCUUCGCAUGCUCAAUAAAUUCAAAAAGAAUCUACCGGACAUGGACUUUGUCGUAAACGCCCGUGCGGAGGGGCGUGUGUUAAUCCCGUGGGAACUACAACAGUACCCGAAUAUCACGACGGUGGAUCCGAGUGUUGGACAGGAGAUUCAGAGAACGUUGCAUAUCCCUGAUUGGAGGGGCGAGGGCUCUGUGUGGGACGCGUUUAGGAGGGUCUGUCCGCCUGAUUCGCCUGCACGGCGGCUAUACGCCUCUGUACGCGCACCAUCACAACAGAGCGCAUCGUCCUACUUUGCGCAACCUUCGACACCUUUCGACACUGACUUCCGCUUCGCGCGCGGUGUGGACGCCAAGUUCGACUUCUGUCACCACCCCUGGGCACAUAUCAACCAAGGACAUUUCUUCUCCGAUUGGCGCACCGUACCAUUACCCUUCCCUGUCCUCUCGCCCGCGAAAGGACCAGGAUUCGGUGAUAUCCGCGUCCCGUCCCACUACUACCACGGAACGACGCGUCGAUACACGUACGCAUGGGACGACAUCAACCAGGAGUUAAAGCAGCACGAUAGCGUCGAGACGGCUUGGGAGAGGAAGAGCGAUAAGAUCUUCUUCAGGGGCGCUACGACUGGUGGAGGGUCUUCACCGGCAGGGUUCAGCGCGGGCUACCAGAGGCAUAGGCUGAUACGGAUGGCCACAGACGAUGCGGCAUUGAAACGCACACUUGUCUUCGCCGAUCCGCCAGGGUCAAGCCAUUUCGUGUACACGAAGAUCGACGCGCCGACGCUCAACGAGGCUACGAUGGACGUCGCGUUCGUCAGCUCUAUCGACCAUGUGCAUUAUCCCGGCGGACUGCAGCAACAGAUGAAGGACCAUCGAUUUGCCGAUAAUGUGUUGUUACGAGACCGUUGGGCGCACAAAUACGUGCUCGAUCUGGACGGCGCUGGUUACAGCGGCAAGUUCUUCGCGUACCUCGCGAGCGAUAGCGCGGUGAUCAAGUCGAGCGUCCAUCGGGAGUUCUACGGCGACUGGAUUCAACCUUGGUUACAUUAUAUCCCCCUGAGCAGCUCGUACAGGGAGAUCUACAACAUCCAUGCGUUCUUCUCUGGUGCACCGCAAGCUGCACUGGAGCAGGUCAAUAGUACUGCGUUGGCGCUUCCGGAGGAGGAACGAGCGGCGUUGGAUGGAGACCGGAGGUUGAGGAGGAUAGCGAGGGCGGGCAAGCAUUGGAAGAAUACGGUUGGGAGACAGGUUGAUAUGGAGGCGUAUGUGUAUAGGUUAUGUCUGGAGUAUGCGAGGCUGUGGGCGGACGAUAGGAAGGCUGCGUCUUACCGGUGA